AUUAUAAUUCGUUGCUUCAUUUUUCAGAUAUGAUUAUUACAACGUAGUUUCCCUACUUACUUGGUAACAUCGCACAUUUUUUAAAGAUAUUUAAAUCAAUUGAGUGACAUAAUUCCGGUCUAACCGCUCCUGUGCUUACGCAUUGACAUUUAGCUCAUUCCUUUUUCGUGCGCGGUAACUAUCGCACGCGCCCUUCAAGCAACAUGCCGAAAAGAAGUGCGCAAUCAAAAAUUGAUCACUACACUAGAAAAAUUCGAAAAAUUGAGGAAAAAGAACGAAAAAGACGGAGAAUAAUACCGUUACAAAUAUCAUCAUCAGAAGAUGAAGGUAACGAACACUCGGAUGUGGCUCAAGUAGUCGAGAUGGAAACCAACAUGGAUUCAAUAUCCGUGCCACCGGACAUUAUACCACAAGAUGGAGAACUGGAAUUUAAAGAUACCCUCGACGAUACUGCGGCGGAAUCCUGCCCUCGAGAAAACUCCACUGGGUUCGUAGAACCCGAAUUAGAUCCGGAUUUAUUGUCGGCAUUAGGUGAAUCCACGUCCGACUUGCCUGAUUAUGGCGAAAGCAUCCACUCCAAUUUAUCGCAAUUAUGGCAACCUUUGCUAAAGAAAGGAAUGCCAAAGAGAAUAAAGACAAGCUAUUGAAAGAGUACCUUGUACCAGAUAACUGUAGGCUCUUGCAAGCACCAAAACUAAAUGCUGAAAUUUCGGCAGCAGUACCGGAUAUGGUUCGAAACCGUGAUAAGACACUUAUCGCGUCUCAACAACAGCUAGGUGCCGGCAUCACUGCCAUCAAUAGAGGCAUGGAUGUACUCUUGAAGAACGACAACAAGGUCCAGGCUAUGAAACAUUUCAGCAAUGGUUGCCGGUUAUUGUGCGACUCACACUUCUUAGCAACACAGGCACGAGUGAAAUUAAUCACUCCUAGUUUGGACAAAGCCUUUUUAAACGUCAUUACUGACGCCGAGCGAGACGAAUCUCUGUUUGGGUCAUCCUUGUCCGAAAAGAUUAAAGCCGCAAAAACCAUUGAAAAGCAGGGUCUUUCCAUUAAAAAGCCCGCUAAGGUUACAAAACCACCACAGCAAGUUUUCAGCUCCCGUACACCAU